AUGGUACGUGGCCUUGACAUGGUCUUGGUCCGGGUUCAUCCAGGACCACUGACGCCUUCUUACCAGCCGCCUAAAUUGUCCAAAAGCGUGAAACAGGAGCUAAUAUUGGCUCAUCUUCGCGGCACCGGGACCUGUCACACGCUCAAGGAUCUCGAAAAGAUGCUACCCUCAGUUGCAUCCAUCAACGGCAUCCAAGUCAAGGAAUACAUUCAAGCACUAACCGACGACGGUAAACUACGAGUGGAGAAGAUUGGCAGUGGAAACUGGUACUGGAGUUUCAAUAGUGAUGAGAAGAUUGACCAAGAGCGUCGAUUGGCCCAAGUGCGCACAGAGUUGGAAAAAGUUCGCAAGUCUUGUGCCGAUGCAGAAGCAGCUUUGGCUGCUGAGACUCUGCGUCGAGGGGAGGACAAUGAUGAGGCGCAUGAAAGGGAAGUUCUUAUGGCCAAGAAAGCCGAGCUUCAGGCGACCGUCCAUCGGGUACGGAUUACGGAGGCCCAACUCUCCGGACCCCUCGAUUCGCUCAACAACAAGGGUGUGGAGCAGCUACAAGAUGAGCUAGCGGGGUUCCGGGAGCAGGCGCUACAGUGGACCGAUAAUAUUUACAUUCUUGAGGAGUACUUGCGCAAACUAGCUGGUGGAGAUCGAGAACUUGUCGAUGGGGUAUUGCGCGAAUGCUAUGGAGACGAGUAUGUGGAAGGAGAGGGACUCCGAGACCUAGAAUAA